CCCCCUUGCGAAUGAGCUGAGCUCUUCCUCGAAUUUCCAUCUACUAUAGCCGCCCACCUCCACCACCACCCCACCCGAACCCCAACCUCUUCCAUUAGUUGCCGCUAUAAUGUGUCGGCCCUGAGCCUCUUGCGCCGAUAUAAGCCGUUGUCUCGACGGCUUGCUGGCGCCCGCCAGCUUGGAUGUUUGGUGUUCACAGUGACUGGGAUUUCACACGGCCACUGGAGUAUGCGGAACGCGGGGUGAGUACACAAAUAAAAAGAGCGCAGGCAACGGCAGGUGGCAUUCACCCAUGGUUUAUUGAUCCCUCUCCGUCUCUUACAAAGCAAAGGCAUCGAUGUGACAUUACUCUCGCGUGAACGAGCACGCUGGUGCAUCGCAUGAUUUGGACACUUAAAAUAUUAAACGCACGCACCUCGCACACAUCACACACGCCACACACACACACACAGCCGUUUCCACACCAAAACUGCAAUGCAUACAUCCGAAAACUGAGACGAAACAUUUUCCACAAAUACAUUUCCUCCUCGGUAUUGGCGCGGGUACAAUCAUCAAGGACUUUACACACACACACAUAUUAUAUUCGCAUGCAAUAUACAAACGUACAUAGACGAUCGUGACUGAGUGGCGCACAUCUUAAUUAUGCUCGAGAAAGGUCAGAAAAAAACAAAUUUCUUUGGGCGCAAAUAAUUCGAAGAAAUCCCGAAAUUUAAAUUGUUGCGAUUUUUUCCCCCUCGGAAAUUACGGCCCUGACAGUAAUUGGUUUCACUCGUAAGGCAGCGAGCGGCACCCUGAAGUUCAACGUUGUUCUCGCUAUUACCACCUACAAAUACACGACACCCAUUAUCGAUGAACCAAGUAGCUCGCCUCCCGUGGUGCUGUGACCGCCGUUGGAAAAACGAAGCACGCUAUACCAGUACCAGCUCCUAGCGCAGCCACAACAACGACAACGGCCCGAAACCAAACCGUAGCGCACAUAAACAUUUUGCGCGCAGCAAGGUCGCGCAGAUGAGUACCCAGCGCCAACUCGGUCUGACAGACGAGGAGCUAUCGUUAGUCUGUGGUUGAGGUGAGACUCAAAUGAGUGCCCUUCGUCAUCGCAAGGGCUGCCUUUGUCCGCGGGAUAGACCGGCGAUCUGCUGCUGUUAUCCCGUGCUGGGCUGAGACGCGUGCACUGCAAGGACGUCGACACGAGGUACAUUUAAGACAAUGGCAUCGUCACUGGCGCUGCCUCUGUCCGACGGCUUUUUCCGUCGUCUCAGCAAGGAGUCGCUCAAAGAAAUCGCCGAUCAGAUCGCCGAGGAGAAGGCCAACAAGGAGGCGGGAGACAAGAGCCUCCUCGAUUUUGGCGAGGAGGAACUCAAGCCUCUCAGCUUUCUGGAGGCCGAGAGGAAGCUGCCGUUCGUCUACGGGGACGUGCCCAAGGAGCUCAUCUCGGAGCCCCUAGAAGACCUGGAUCCCUUCUACAGGAACCAGAUGACAUUCAUUGCGGUGAACAGAAAAAAGAGGAUCUACAGAUUUAAUGCGACAAACUCCCUUUAUUUGUUCAGUCCAUUUAACCCCGUGCGGCGCAUUGCCAUCAAGAUCCUAAUACACAUAGCCUUCACCAUGGUCAUCGUUGGGACUAUUUUAACGAACUGCGUGUUCAUGGCGAUGGACAAAGAUUACGUUCCAGUGGAGUACACCAUGAACACCAUAUACAUGAUGGAGGUGGUGAUCAAGGUCCUGGCCCGAGGAUUUUUCAUGGGGCAGUUCACUUUCCUUCGUGACCCUUGGAACUGGUUGGACUUACUUGUGGUGAUCUUUACGAUUGUGACGUAUGUGAAUCCGAAACAAAAAAUGUCUUCCCUUAAAACGUUCCGAGUGCUUCGUGUCCUCAAAACCAUCUCCGUCUUUCCUGGUCUCAAAACCAUCGUGAAGGCUCUCAUCCAGUCGGUGAAAAAGCUCUUCGAUGUCAUCAUCCUCACGAUAUUCUGCCUGAGCAUCUUCGCUCUGAUUGGGCAACAGCUCUUCAUGGGCAACCUGAAGAACAAGUGCGUGCUGUGGCCAAACGGAAACAGAACGUGGGACAACGAAACCCUCGCAUACCUCAAAGACACAAAUAACUAUUACAAGUCCGACAAUCAGCCAAUACUCUGCGGAAACAGCUCAGGGGCCGGGGAGUGUCCGGAGGGAUACUUGUGCUUGAAGAUUGGAGAAAAUCCCAACUUUGGUUUCACCAACUAUGACCACUUUGGGUGGGCGUUCCUGUCUCUCUUCCGCCUCAUGACUCAAGACUCCUGGGAGUAUCUUUACCAGCAGACCCUGAGAUCGUCGGGCAAGGUGUACAUGAUCUUCUUCGUCAUGGUCAUCUUCCUGGGUUCUUUCUACCUCAUCAAUCUCAUCCUGGCUGUGGUGGCCAAGUCCUACGAGGACCAGAACAGGGCAAUGCAGAACAAGGACAAGGCGAAGGAGGCCGAGUUUGAGGAGAUGCUCCAGCAGCUCCGGCUGCAGCAGGAGGAGCAGGAAGCCCUGGCUGCGGGGCUCUCCAGGAGAAAGAGUCGGUUCCGCCCCUGCACGCCGUCCGAAUGGUCGCGCAGCAGCUCGGGGAGCACCAAGGGGAGGCGGAGCACGCGCGGUGGGACGGCGCAGACGGCGGCGGCGGCGGCGGCGGCGGCGAGCACGGCGGACGACAAAGUGGAGUCCCCCCCAGCCCCCGUUGCGCCCCCCUCGCGGAAGGUGUACAUGCUGCACCCCGACUACACCGAGGACGAGGUGGUCGACCCCCUGUUCCCACCGACGCCAAUACAGAUGGGCCACUGCAAUGUCUUCAACUACCCCGAUGGUAGCGGCUCGCCCGGCAGCAAACGAGGAUCGAAGAAGACCAGCCUGACGGAGGAGGAGAAGAAGUCCAUGCAGGACAUGGCGUUCCACAUCUGGCUGGAGCGCAACCGGCUCGGCAGCUUCCAUAGCCAGUGCGGCAGCGGCGACUCCGUCGGGAUGCCUCCCAGGGGAGCGCCAGGCCGGCCAUGCGUUGCGUUCGAGGAUGGUGACGUACUUUCACCGGACCACGGGAUUCCUUUGCGAAUGAGGUCCAACUCCAUCCAAGUGCCGUCAGAGAUAUUUGAUGACCCGGUAAAUAGGAAGAGGGCAGUCAGCACAAUAAGCGCAAUGACAGAGGCUCACGAGUCCAAGCAGAAAUGCCCUCCGUGCUGGCACGCGUUUGCCAACGCUGCCCUCAUCUGGGAGUGGUGUCCCGUGUGGAUUCGCAUCAAACGGCUCGCCAAGCUCGUGGCCUCUGACCCCUUCAUGGACCUCGCCAUCACCCUGUGCAUCGUGCUCAACACGGUCUUCAUGAGUCUGGAGCACGACUCCAUGAGCGAGGACUUCAAGAAAGUGCUCCGGAAUGGAAAUGUCUUCUUCACAGGAACUUUCACAGCAGAGAUGGUGCUGAAGAUUAUCGCCAUGGACCCUUACUAUUACUUCCAGGAGAAAUGGAACCAGUUUGACUCUGUUGUCGUCACCGUCAGCCUGGUGGAGAUGUGGUUGCCAGAUUUUGAUAAUCUGUCUGUGCUGCGCUCCUUCCGGCUGCUGCGAGUGAUUAAACUGGCCAAGUCCUGGGGCACCAUGUACUCGCUGCUUAAGAUAAUCGGGAACUCGGUGGGAGCCCUUGCCAACCUGACGUUCAUCCUCGUGGUCAUCAUUUUCAUCUUCGCAGUGGUGGGCAUGCAGCUCUUUAAAAAUAGCUACGCCAAAGAAAAUUGGAGUAUGCUGCCCGAUGAUAUGUUGCCACUGCGGUGGCACAUGUGCGAUUUCUUACACUCCUUCAUGAUCGUCUUCCGCAUCCUGUGCGGAGAAUGGAUUGAGAACAUGUGGAUAUGCAUGCAGCUGGACGGAAAGCCUCGCUGCAUCAUCAUCUUCAUGGCGGUGCUCAUCAUCGGCAACCUGGUGGUGCUCAACCUCUUCCUGGCCCUGUUGUUGAGCUCCUUCAGCGCGGAUAAGUUCGCGGCAUCGGAGGAUGAGCCCGAUGCAUCCAACAUGCACCUGGCCAUCGACCGCAUCCGGAGGGCCGCAGCCUUCACGAGGGCCACGCUCACCGCCUUCUUCUGCAAGCUGGCCAAGACGACGAGGGAGGACGCCGGCGGCCCGGACGGCGUCGCCAACGGGUGCAGGGCGGGCGCCGGCGCGACUCCAGUACGGCGCGUGGGAAAGCCCUGCACGGUGGCGGUGGCCCGACGCUCGUGCAUGCGCCCAGCCCAUAGCAGCGGUGGCGGCAACUGCAGAGUGCGCUGCUCAGCCGAGCACGUGACGCUGGCCAUGCCCGAGACGGAGCACGAGAUGAUUGAGAUUCAGGAGUGGAAGUAUGAUUACGAAGAGCCUGACUUUGCGGACUGUGAUAGGAAUCAUGAUAAAGUUGAGAAGGAGCCAUCCGAACAGCAGCAGCAGCAGCAAGAGAAGGAAAAGGACAGACUGGAUGAUUGCUUCCCACAGUGGUGCGUAGCUCGCUCUCCCUGCUGUGCCUCUGGCGAGGCGAGUGAAGUGGGCAUGUUCUGGUCCACCCUACGCAAGGCCUGCUUCAUCAUCGUGGAGCAUAACUGGUUUGAGACGUUCAUCAUCUUCAUGAUCUUGCUAAGCAGCGGUGUCUUGGCGUUUGAAGACGUCUACAUCGAUAAGAGGAAGACGAUAAAGAUAGUGCUCGAAUAUGCCGACAAGGUGUUCACCUACGUGUUCAUCCUGGAGAUGCUGCUCAAGUGGCUGGCGUACGGAUUGCAGAAAUACUUCACCAACAUGUGGUGCUGGCUCGACUUCUUAAUCGUAGGGGUGUCCGUGACAUCGCUCGUUGCCACGUUGCUCAAGUACGAUCAGCUCAGUGCCAUCAAAGCUCUGAGGACCGUCCGGGCUCUCAGACCACUCAGGGCCUUAUCAAGAUUUGAGGGCAUGAGGGUCGUGGUGAACGCGCUGAUCGGGGCAUUCCCGUCCAUCGUCAACGUCCUCCUCGUGUGCCUCAUCUUCUGGCUCAUCUUCAGCAUCAUGGGCGUCGACCUCUUCAAGGGGAAAUUCUACAAGUGCGUCAACAAGACCGACAUGAAGAUUUGUAACAGCUCGGUCGUCAGAAACAAGAAUGAAUGCGACGUGAAUGCCUCGCAGGAUUGGGUUAACAUGCCCGUUAAUUUCGACAACGUGGCCACGGGGUACCUGGCCUUGCUGCAAGUUGCUACUUUCAAGGGGUGGAUAGACAUCAUGUCUGCUGCAGUUGAUGCCACCAAGAAGGAUGAACAGCCUAAGUUUGAGGAAAACAAAUACAGUUACGGUUUCUUUGUCUUCUUCAUUACUUUUGGAGCAUUUUUCAUCCUCAACCUUUUCAUUGGUGUCAUCAUUGAUAACUUCAACCAGCAAAAGAAAAAGAUAGGAGGGGAAGAUAUAUUCUUGACAGAAGAACAAAGGAAAUUCCACAGUGCAAUGAAGAAACUCCGCUCAAAGAAACCACAAAAGCCUGUGCCUAGGCCGCAUAAUAAGCUACAAAAUCUUGCCUACGACCUGGUGGGCACCCAGGCCUUUGACGUGACCAUCAUGGCGCUCAUUUGCCUUAAUAUGCUGGUCAUGAUGAUCGAGACGGACAGCCAGAGCGAGGACAUGGAGAACGCCCUCCACUACAUCAACAUCAUCUUCAUCGCGAUGUUCAGCGCCGAGUGCCUGCUCAAGCUCUUUGCCCUGCGACAUUACUACUUCAAGUUUGCGUGGAACAUUUUCGACAUUGUCGUCAUCGUCAUGUCCUUUGUGGGAAUGGGGCUUGCCGAGACCAUGAAGAAUUUUUUCUUUGAGCCCACGCUCAUCCGCGUGGUUCGGCUCGCCCGGAUCGGGCGCGUGCUCCGUCUGGUCCGCGGCGCACAGGGGAUCCGCACCCUCCUGCUGGCGCUGCUCAUGUCGCUGCCGGCGCUCUUCAACAUCGGCCUGCUCCUCUUCCUCGUCAUGUACAUCUUCUCCAUCUUCGGCAUGUCCAACUUCGGAUACCUGCAGCACAAGGCCGGCAUCAACGACAUGUUCAACUUCGAGACGUUUGGCGGGGCCAUGCUUUGCCUCUUCCAGAUCACGACGUCGGCCGGCUGGGACGGGCUGCUGGCGCCGACGUUCCCGCUCAACUGCGACCGCACCUUCAAGCACCCGGGCACGUCAGUCGAGAGCAACUGCGGCAACACCUCCUUCGGCGUGGCGUUCUACGUCAGCUACAUCAUCAUCUCCUUCCUCAUCGUCGUCAACAUGUACAUCGCCGUCAUCCUCGAGAACUUCGCCAUCGCCACGCAGGAGAGCACCGAGCCCCUGAGCGAGGACGACUUCGAGGCCUUCUAUGAGGUGUGGGGCAAGUUCGACCCCACGGUGACGCAGUUCAUAGCCUACAAAGAUCUCUCUGUCUUUCUGGACUCUCUGGAUGAUCCGCUACGCGUGCCCAAACCCAACCAUCUGGCGAUCGCCGCCCUCGACCUGCCCAUCGUGGCCGGUGACCGCAUCCACUGCCUGGAGGUUCUGUUUUCUCUCACCAAGCGCGUGCUGGGGGAGGGCGAAGGCAUGGACGCGAUGCGCCUGCAGAUGGAGGAGCGCUUCAUGGACAGCGGCUCCGGUAACGGCACGCUCACACCCAUCACGAGCACGCUGAGGCGCUGGCAGGAGGAGCUGGCGGCCAUCAAGAUCCAGCGCGCGUUCAGGAACCGGCUCACCAACAGAAAGCCCUCGCCCACGCUGCAGAGAGGUUCCAGCUUGGCCAGGGCCAGGGGUUCCGACGGGAUGAUGGUGCCCGCCGCCGCCGCCGGUGCCGCCGCCGGUGCCCCAAUCAUCAACGCCCCGCAAGAUUACGUCGGCAAUACGGGCAACGAGAAGGUGAAGAUUAUCGUUACACUGCCUUCUUUCUCGUCAGGAGAUAACAUUGUUUGUGCGGAUGUGAAUUGUGCCGACAAUGGUGGGAAACUUUCGUGAAGGGAUUUUCUUUUUUGCGUCACUCGUUGAGGCUGGGUCUCCUUGUUCCGUUAGUGGGACCUCAGAAAAGGGCUCUCAAUGACGAAGUGUGAUUGAAUGACACGUUUGCUUUAAAGGUUUUAAGUAAAUAUUAACUGGGGAUACAGCAAACGAGAAGCAAAUCGACCAUAUUAUUACAAAGCUCAAAAUAAACAUUAGCGGCAUUGCAGAGAAGAUUACAAAGUAAAUAUCGUCCAAUUGCGAGAAACUUUUAAAAUUAUCUAAAUAUUACCGGAGACGUUUUUUUUUUACGUGUAUGAAACCUUUCCUGAAAUCCUUCACCUCUAAAAGUGUCUAACUUAAAUUCAUAUUCUGUUUGGUAAUUCCCAAAUAAUAGACACUUGCCAAAUAAUACAUUAACCAGUGAAAUAUUUAUUUGAUGCACUUGUGUAUCCAGUUACAUAAUUCAGAUAAAAGCACAGCCAUGAGCAUGGCAUGUCAAGACAAAUUGCAUACUUCCAGUAAAUAUGCAUGGUAUAUAUAUGCAAAGGGCAUACUUUUCAAAGGUGUGUUAUGCAUGUUAUUUGUAUAUAAGCUAUAAACAGUAUACAAUAAAUAACACACGAAAAAGGUUCCUUCGGUAAUUUUCUAAGUUCCUAAACACAAUAUACAGCGCCGUAAAGCGGAUAAAACAUUUAUCAUUAAUAUUUGGGAAAAUGUGUCGCUAAACUGGAGCUGCUAUGUGUCUGCUUGGUUAACGACAGUCUGAUAACCCUUCCCAAACUCUAUUGCUGUUUGCUUUAAGUGAUAUGAUAACUUUUUUUUUGCAUCAAAGUGAAUGGAACUCAUAAAGGAGCAACGCGACUGUUGUUGCAUGACCAAGCCUUUUGCAGCACAGAUGCCGAACAUUCUUUAGCGUAUGAAGAAGAGCAGCACGCAGCCAGAUAUUUUAUUUUGCCGAAUGAUAAAACGGCUCUCGCACUGUAAUUCACCAGAAGAGCUCUACGUUGGCUUCACGAGCGAAGAUUUUCAUCACGAGGCCGAAUGGGUUCACGUCCUAUGGCUGAAUGGGGUGGUGAGAGACAAGACUGUAACUUUACACGUUUUGAUGUUGUUAUCCAUCCGACGGUCGCGUCAGUGUGGCUCGGCAUUGUCUAACGGAGUUCCACGACACAUGACUGUUGGAAUAUUUUUUUCUUUCUAUAGGAAUAUAUAAAGGUCUCCUCUUUUUUUUACAAAAAUAUAUAUCUGAAUGUCCUUAAAUAAUUAUUUGGAUUCUGGGAUUUUUUUUUUGUACUCGGAUCUGUAUCUACUCUCUUUGAGUGCCUAUGUUUUUAAAUGUAUUCCACAUUUUACGUUCCGGAAAAAAUUGCGAGGACCGUUUUGCUGCAAUCAUCGCAUUUGAGCGUGCACGGGAGUGGCCCCAUGGGCUGAUGGGGUGCCCGUUUCACAACGUCUGCAUUUUCUGUUGUUGCUUGCCAAAGUCAAAACCAAAGAGCCAGGCUAUUGAGUCUUAGCGCGACUGCCAACUUUGCUGCAUUCCAUCAGGCGGUGGUUAUCUUCAUAGUUUGUACUUUGGAUCGCUGCUUCACAAACCUGCGGUAAAUGUUUUUUGUGGAGUUUUUUUCUUGCAACCAAACAAUACGGCACUGUCUAUUAGGCGAGUUCAUGGUUAUUUAACCAGGUGAGAGCUCAAGAUACCAGGAGAGCGUCAUUCGCAAGUAACAUGGGUGUGAUGCUGAACACGGUGCUAUCGAGGCUCCAAAAAUAUUGAACAGAUUUAAAUUAUAUACAGGGAAUUAAAUCAAUUAUAUUGUUGUUUCACAUCUCUAGCCAAUUGUGUUUUUUUAACAAAUUGUCUUAAGCUUUUUAGCUAUUUACUUGUUUUUGUAUGUCUCUUUUGCUUGUUACCUUAACCAGGGCAUUGAAAGCGAACACAGCACUACACAACUAAGCCACCCUACAUAACCAAUCAGUAAAAAAAAAGUGUCACGUUGACAAAAGACAAAUAGUUUACUACUUUAGCCCACCGGUGUGUUGAAGAGUGAAUCCACAAC